AUGGACGUGGCGUUCAGGCGGGUCAAGCCCGGCGAGGAGAUUCCGCCGCGGCCGAAGGAAUUGGAUGCAUGGGCCGCUGAUACGGCGACUGGCACCAUGGCGGGGAUGGUGUACGGGGUUAUGCGUGCCAGGGCGGCCGAGGCCAGGGCGUUCGAUCCGGAGUUGGCAGACAUCGUGCGACGCCGCAACCUAUGGAUGAGGAGCGUGCACGAGGCUACAAUGGGAGGCGUGAGGUUCGGGAGUUUCGUCGCGGUGUUCAGUGCGGUGCAGCUCGGGUCCCAGAGCUACAGAGGGGAUAUCAAGGACAUGUGGAACACUGUCGCGGCGGGGGCGAUCACGGCGGGAGCGACCGGCUUAGCGCUCCCGGGUGGAAUCGCGAUGCGACUGCAGGGGCUGGCACUGGGGCUGGUUGUUGGAGGCGGGCUAUGCCUACCACUGGGGUACUUACUACAGGAGAUGGAGAAGCACGCUCUGCCGAUUUCCAUACGAGCCUCGAAGGAGAACGUGGUGGACAAGGGGGGAAAGCAAGGCGGUCGGGAUCACAUCGCUGAUGUUAUAGCGAGCGUGGAAAGCGAGCUGCAGAGCACACCCGACAUCAAGUCCAACUCCAAGCGCUGGUUCCCGUGGUUUAGAGGUGGAUGA